UCGGAAAAUAAUCAAACAGAAAUGUGUAUUGAUAAACCAACAAAAUGGCCGAGUGGAAAGAGGACCAAUUUUGAUUUCCACGAAGAAACCGAAGCUGCUAUGAAUGAGCAAAUAAAUACGGAGCUGAUAGCAUUUUAUUAUUAUUUAUCGAUGGCUGCAUAUUUCGGCCGCGUAGACGUCGCUUUACCCGGCUGUGAGUCAUUCUUUAUGCAGAUGCAUCAUGAAGAGCAUGAACAUGCCUUGAGAUUUUGUAACUAUGUAAAAAUGCGAGGCGGCAAAGUGUGUUUAUACGCUAUAUCGCUGCCAAAUGAUCAAGAUUGGAAAUGUCCAUUGCAUGCAUUCAAAACAGCAUUGCAAUUGGAAAUCGAUGUUGGUAAAAAACUAGUUGCGGUAAAUUCUGUAGCGGAGAAGCACGGUGAUCUGAAUGCGAGUGAUUUUAUCAUCACCGGUUUCAUGGAAGAUCAGAUGAAAAGCAUUAACGAAUUUGGAAGAUUAACGACUAUAUUGUCGGGCGUUGGAGAUCAAGCAUUGGCGCGAUUUCUAUUUGAUAAGAAUCUACUCGAGAAUUAUGUCAUGUCCAAUUUCAAUGUUCUAAAAAAUUUAAAAAGGAAAGUCUCUUUAAGUCGUAAUCACACUAACAAUUAUGCGAUUGUGAUUGGCAAUUACUUUCAACCAAUCAAAACAAAGCAAUCGCCAUUGCUUUGUCCUAACUGA